UCUGCAUCAAUAGAGACGAUUCGCUCUAUUACUACCACGCAGAUUCAUGCUUUUGCUUGAAGAAGAACGAAGCGAUCACAGUUGAGCUCGAACUGCGUGUUUACAGUAAAUUCAUCGUCUUUUCGUGCAAGACCAUGUGAAACUCCUACACCACCUAAAACACGAUCGCGUUUCACUUCUUCGUCCAUCCCUGACAUGGAGUCCGCACUAGUAUCCGCUGCUUAUGCAGUCAUCCCGUCGUCGUCUGCUUCUUUGCCGCUGUCACGUGGCUUACGCAAUCGCCGCUCUUCAACGACGUCCGCUACCUCGUCGUCUGCACCUUGUGUGUCGUUCAGUUUGCGCUCCUGCUUUUCGCCUGCUAUUCGGCCAUGUGCACUAGGGAAAUCGCGGCCUUCGUCUUCGUCUGCCUCGCGCGAUGGGCACGCUUGGGCAUCGCCAGGAAGCAACCAUCAUCGCCGCCUGCUGCUCGGCGAACGCCGGCCAGCCGGUGACGCGGCCAUGCGGCGCUGCGCUGGCCCGCGCUCCGCUGGCCGCAGCCGACGCCCAACGCUGCUUCCAGUUCUCGCAGCGUGGCUGGCGUUGCUGAGCGGUGGUGCGCUGGCGUCGCCGGGCGUCACCGGACCAGCCAACAAUGCGUCGGUGCGGUUCCUCGUGUUCGGCGACUGGGGCGGUCUGCCUUUCUACCCGUACACGACGCGCAUCCAGCGAAACCUGGCCAAGACCAUGGCGGUCGUGGCAGCUGCCAAGCGCAUCGAAUUCGUCCUCUCGCUCGGGGACAAUUUCUACUUCAAAGGUGUCCGUUCGGUCGACGACCGACGCUUUAAGAGGACCUUUGAGGACGUGUACUCGGCGCCAUCGCUUCAAGUUCCGUGGCUCAUCGUGGCUGGAAACCACGACCACGACGGCAACGUGUCGGCCCAGAUAGAGUACAGCAAGAGGUCCAAGCGCUGGCAUUUCCCGUUCUACUACUACAAUAAAACUUACCAGAUUCCGGGUGCGGCUAACCACACCUUGGACAUCCUGAUGCUGGACACAGUGUUGCUUUGCGGAAACACAGAUCCGGAGGAUGAAGAGUCUCAACCUGUGUUGCUGAACAGGAACGAGGCACUCUACAACCGACAGUUCCGUUGGAUCAACAAAAUCCUUGCACAAUCUGAAGCCCGCUACGUGCUGGUCGCCGGCCACUACCCCAUCUACUCAGCCUGCUCUCACGGGACCACUAAAUGCCUUGAGAGAGACCUGGACCCCCUGCUACAAAAGUACCGCGUCAACGCCUAUCUGGCGGGGCAUGACCACGACCUGCAGCACAUUCGUCCUGAGCGGCGCGGAUGGAACGUGGAGUAUUUCGUCAGCGGCUGCACCAACUUCAUCAACCCUUCGUUGAUACACCGGCGCUCCCUUCCUCGGAACUCUCUCAAGUUCGCCUGGGCCUCUGUGUUCAGCUACGGCGGGUUCGCCUACAUGGAGGUCGCAGAAGACUCCAUGGUGAUCACCUUCUACGACUCCGGCGGCAAAAUCCUCCACGAGAACGUGAUGAAACCCAGGCCGCCUGCCGCCGAACAUGAAAAAUCACGCCGGUAAAUGCGACUGUCCCGGUGCUGCUACCGCACGCUACUUCUGUUGUCUGUUUCAUGUCAUUUCCUUAUUUCAUUAUCUUAUUCCUGUUUUUCAAUAUUUCCUUUCUGUUGCAAUUCGGAGCGUCAUAAAUUCCUCCCGAAUAAAGAAACAAGUGAAGUGAA